GCUGUGGGUGAGGUGUGUCCUCCGGCUCCUCUACUAUCUCAAGGGCUGUGGGGUGGGAGGGUGGCACUGCUGACAUCUGGGUCCCCUGAAGGAGUGGCAGGUGCUGAGCCUCACAGGAGGCUGGGAAGUCAGGGUGAGGACAUCGGAAGUGGGAUUGCAGGACGCUGCACGAGGGCCCAGGUUCCCAGCAAGGCGGGAAGGCAGCAGGGGUGGAGUGGGGACAGCAAACCAGGAGGGCACAGCCUGAGCCAGUCUCUGCCUUGCUCAUCGCCUUGGUGACACUUUCACCAAAUCCAGCAGAAGGAAUUAGGUCUGCAGCAUGCUAAACAAAGCUGGAUCGCUCACCUGUGCCAGCUGGGAGGGUAGCGCCCAGGGCCCUGGGGUCUGCUUGCCUUUAGCUUCUGUUUUUUUAAGUUUUAGUGAGGUGCUGGGGAUGUAGUUCAGAGGUAGAGCACUUGCUUAGCAUGUGAAGUUCAAUUGCCAGCACUGGAAAAAAAUUUUUUUUGUGGUGCUGGGGAUUGAACCACUUUUUAAUCUUUAUUUUGAGAUGGCAUUUUUCUAAGUCACUGAGUUGCCAGGCUGGACUCAAACUGGCUAUCUUCCUGCCUCAGCCCCCUAGUGCUGGGAUCACGGGUGCACCGGUUGCAACAGCCUCCUGAGUGCUGCUGGCUCAGAGGCCCGUACCCUCACGCCCAGCCAAGUGGGGACCCAUAAGGACUCUCCUUGCCUGGAUGCCUGGGGCCCCAGUGUGGCUCUGAGCCCUGCUGAGGAGCAUGACCAGCGCCCGGUGUAAGCUGGCUGGCUACCUGGAGGACCUGGACCAUGUGGACUUUAAGAAGUUCAAGAUGUACCUGGAGGACUACCCCCCACAGGGGGGCUGCACCCCACUCCCGAGGGGCCAGACAGAACUGGCAGACUCCAUGGACCUGGCCACCGCCCUGAUAGACUUCAACGGGGAGGAACGCGCAUGGGCCAUGGCCACGUGGAUCUUUGGCGCCAUCAACAGGAGAGACCUGCAGGAGAGGGCGAAGCGGGAGGAGCCACAGUGGGAUAACCCCGCGGUGGAGUGCAGGGAAGACAGCCUGGAGGAGGAGUGGCUGGGCCUCCUGGGCUUCCUUUCCAGGAUCUCCGUUUGUCGAAGGAAGAAAGAUUUCGGCAGGGCGUACAGACGACACGUGAGGAGCAGGUUCCACUGCAUCGAGGACCGGAACGCGCGCCUAGGGGAAAGCGUGAACCUCAACAAGCGCUACACGCGCCUGCAGCUGGUCCGGGAGCAUCCCAGCCGGCAGGAGCGGGAGCGGGAACUACUGGCCAUGGGCGGAGGCAGGCUGCGGGACAGCCCAUUGGGCCCCCUGAGGCUGGAGUCACUGUUUGACCUCGACCCCGAGGACGACUCCCCGGAGCCCGUGCACACGGUGGUGGUGCAGGGCGCGGCCGGCAUUGGGAAAACCAUCCUGGCCCGGAAGCUCAUGCUGGACUGGGCUUCAGGGAAGCUCUUCCAGGACAAGUUCGACUACCUGUUUUACAUCCACUGCCGCGAGGUGAGUCUCGCCACGCCCCGGAGCCUGGGGGACCUGAUCGCCAGCUGCUGCCCGGAUCCCAGCCCCCCGAUGGGCAGGAUCAUGCGCAAGGCCUCCAGGAUCCUGUUCCUCAUGGAUGGCUUCGACGAGCUGCAGGGCGCCUUUGACGAGCACGCUGAGGCGCAGUGUACGGACUGGCGGGUGGCCGCUCCGGGGGACGCUCUGCUGGGCAGCCUCAUCCGAAAGAGACUGCUGCCGGAGGCCUCCCUGCUUAUCACCACGCGGCCAGCCGCGCUGGAGAAGCUGCAGCACCUGCUGGAGCGGCCGCGCCACGUGGAGAUUUUGGGCUUCUCAGAGGCCAGGCGCCGGGAGUACUUCUUCAAGUACUUUUCGGGGGAGGCGCAGGCCCGCGCUGCCCUGGCGCUGAUCCAGGAGAAUGAGGUACUGUUUGCCAUGUGCUUCAUCCCCCUGGUCUGCUGGAUCGUCUGCACCGGGCUCAAGCAGUGCAUGGACAGCGGCGAGAGCCUAGCUCAGACCUCCAAGACCACCACGGCUGUGUACAUUUUUUUCCUGUCCUGCCUGCUGCAGGCCCGGGGCAGCGGCCACGAAAACCGGCUCUCUGCACAGCUCCGCGGGCUCUGCUCUCUGGCCGCUGCAGGCAUCUGGAACCAGAAGGUCCUGUUUGAGGAGUGUGAGCUCAGGAGCCACGGCCUGCAGGAGGGGGCCGUAUCUGCCUUCCUGAGGAUGAGCCUGUUCCAGAAGGAGGUAGACUGUGAGAAGCUCUACAGCUUCAUCCACAUGACCUUCCAGGAGUUCUUCGCAGCGAUGUACUAUGUGCUGGAGGAGGAGGAUGGGGAGGGCCUGGCAGGGAGCUGCCAGGUGCUGCCCAGCCGGGAUGUGGCCGUCCUCCUGGAAAACUAUGGCAAGUUCGAAAAGGGCUACCUGAUUUUCGUGGUGCGCUUCCUCUUUGGCUUGGUCAACCAGGAGAGGACAUCUUAUCUCGAGAAGAGGCUGAGCUGCAGGGUGUCUCAGCAGAUCAGGGUGGCGCUGCUGAGGUGGAUAGAGACCAAGGCCACGGCCAAAAAGCUGCAGGCCCAGCCCAGCCAGCUGGAGCUGUUCUACUGCUUGUACGAAAUGCAGGAGGAGGGCUUUGUACGCAGGGCCAUGGGCCACUUCCCCAAGAUCGAGGUCAACCUCUCCACACGCAUGGACCACGUGGUGUCGUCCUUCUGCAUCAGGAACUGCCACAGCGUGAAGAGCCUUUCCCUGGGCUUUCUGCACAACUCUCCCAAGGAGGAGGAGGAGGAGGAGGUGGAAGAAGGCACGGGCCCUCCGGCUACGGGGGCUCAGAGGUCUCCAAGCUGCUCCUUGACCCCCAGCUUCUGCCAGGGCCUCUUUUCUGCUCUGAGCACCACUUGGGCCCUGACCGAACUGGACCUCAGCGAUAACAUCCUGGGGGACCUGGGUCUGGGUGCCCUGUGCGAGACACUGCAGAGCCCAGGCUGCGGCAUCCAGAGGCUGUGGUUGGGACGCUGUGGCCUCUCCCACCAGUGCUGCUCUGACCUCUCCUCUGUGCUAAGCUGUGGCCGGAAGCUGGCAGAGCUGGACCUGAGUGACAACCCCCUGGGGGACUUUGGGGCCAGCCUCCUGUGCCAGGGCCUGGCGCACCCUUGCUGCACCCUCAACAAGCUCUGGCUGGUGAGCUGCGGCCUCACAUCUGCGUGCUGCGAGGACUUGGCCUCAGUGCUCAGCACCAGCUGCUCGCUGACCAGGCUCUACAUUGGGGAGAAUGCCCUGGGUGACACGGGAGUCAGCACUCUCUGUGGCAAGGCCCAAUGGCAGGAGAGUCACCUGCAGAAGCUCGGCUUGGUGAAUUCUGGCCUCACAUUCAUGGGCUGCUCGGCGCUGGCCUCCGUGCUCAGGACCACCCGGAGCCUCACGCACCUGUACCUGCGAGGCAAUGCGCUUGGCGAUGCAGGGCUCAAGCUGCUCUGUGAGGGGCUCCUGCACCCUGGCUGCGAGCUUCGGAUGCUGGAGUUGGACAACUGCAGCCUCACCUCGCACAGCUGCUGGGACCUCAGCACAGUGUUGACCUCCAGUCGGAGCCUUCGGAAGCUGAGCCUCAGCAACAACGACCUAGGCGACCUGGGAGUCACAAUGCUCUGUGAGGUCCUGAGGCAGGGGGCCUGCGUCCUGCAGAACCUGCAGUUGAACGAAAUGUAUUUCAACUAUGAGACCAGGCAUGCAUUAGAGACACUGCAGGAAGAGAAGCCUGAGCUGACCCUGGUCUUCGAGCCUUCCUGGUAGGGAAGGAACAGGACCCCACCUACCUUGUCUGAUACAGCACUGGGGGUGCUGCUGGCCCUGUUGGGUCAGGAGCAGAAGCUUCAGAUGUCUAAGGGGGGGCCCCAGCACCUCACCCUGGGUGGAGAGGGCAGAAAGGGGACUCAGCGGGAUGCUGCUGUCCCAGGGCAUCUGCUCGGUGGGAGACACAUUCCCUGUCCCUUUCUCUCCUCACCCCAGUUCUCUCUCUCUGGCUUCCCCUUAUUUAUUCCACUUGGUCCCCAUCGCCAUUCUUGGAUCUGUUAACUGACUGUAACACAGAACCCUGCACUUUGCUGUGUUGCAAUUUUGUGGCAGCUACUUAUUUAUUGUAAUAACAAUUGUGUUUUCUAAUAAAAAUUUCAUGCUUCUUUUA